AUGGAUCCAAUUAAAAUUCAGCCACUCGGAGUCCGUCACGUGGUGGCCAUGCCUUGGCCCGGAAGAGGUCACAUUAACCCGAUGAUGAAUCUCUGCAAACGCCUCGUCCGUCGAGACCCUAACCUCAUCGUCACUUUUGUCGUCACUGAAGAAUGGCUCGGUCUCAUCGGAUCUAACCCAAAACCUGACUCCAUUCACUUCGCUACUCUCCCCAAUCUCAUCCCCUCCGAGCUUGUUCGGGCCAACGACUUAACCACUUUCAUCGACGCCGUCUUCACCAGAUUGGAAGAGCCGUUCGAGCAGCUGCUUGACAACCUCAGUUUUCCAGCUCCGAGUGCAAUCAUCGCCGACACUUACGUCCUUUGGGCAGCGAGUGUCGGAACACGAAAGAAUAUUCCGGUAGUUUCUCUCUGGACGAUGUCUGCCACGAUGCUCUCCGUCUUACUUCACUUUGAUCUAGGGCCUGUUCGUUUGAUCAUUCAGCUAGAUCAUCUGGCUGGAUCAGCUGAAUGA